CAAACUCGGACGAGGGCGGCCCCUUUAAGAAACGUGGCCGGAGCCGGCGACGGUCCCUCGCUUUGUGCGUGUUGGGGGUGGAGUUUGCAGACGGUCCCUGCAGCAUGGCCGCCGCCUCGGCCUCCCUGGCGUUCCAGGCACAGGAAAGCCGGGCCCAGCCUGGGGGGCCCGUGGGAGCCUGGAGGCUUCGGGGCCUGGGCGCGGUCACCAUGGACAGCUUCUUCUUCGGCUGCGAGCUGUCCGGGCAAGCCAGGUCCUACACCUUCCGGGUAGAGGAGGAGGACAACACGGAGCAUGUGCUGGCACUGAGCAUGCUGUGCCUCACGGGAGACGCCAAGGAGGAGAGCAACGUCGUGGAGGUGGUGGCCCGCAACCACGAGGACGAGGAGAUCGCCGUGCCCCUGGCCCACCUCAGGCUGUCCUGCCAGCCCACGCUCAGCCUGGGCGACUUCCCCAUCCAGCCUCCGGUCACCUUCCACCUGAAGUCGGGCUCCGGUCCUGUGUAUGUCACCGGGAGGCACCAGAUCGUGUCUGUGGAGGGCAGCGAUCUCUCGGAAGAGGAGGAGAAUGAAGACCCGGAGCCUCAGCCCAUUCUGCCUGCCAAGAAGCGGCAGGGGAGGCUUUAGCUGCCAGGGCCUGCAGUGUCUCGCCCUUCUCCUCACAUGGCCCUGUUCUCCUGGAUGAUUCCGAGGUGGUUUCUCAUGGUUUUCUUGACUUCUCUACAAGACAGUAGGGGACGAGCGGCUCUUCAGGACAAAGAGGAGGAACCUUGGUGCCCGUUCCCCAGCAGAACCCCAUUCGGAGGCCCCAGUAUCUAGAAUGGGAAAUUCUCUCAGCACAAACUGCUUCCUCCCCCCCUGACCUCUGCUCUAGGCUUUCCUCCUCCUCCUAUUGGGAGAGAGGUGUGAGAGCAAGGGCUGGAGAGAGGCAAGGGAAUGCAAGAACAAGAGAAAAAGAGACUUUUCCUGAGAGGGGCAGAUGGACGGGGAAAUAAUUUUAUUCAGAAGUAUAAUUAAGUAUUUCUAGAAGUUUUGGAAUAAAUUGAAAAUAAAGUGAUUUUUUUUUUUUCCCUGCAAAUUCAUCUGUUUAUCCUCC